UUCACUUCUCAGUUCUCUCUCUCACACACACACACGUAGGAAUCGAGAGAUUAGUAAGAAUAUAAGAUGAGUAUGUGCACGUGGUUCACAAAUGCAAAGCCAUAUCUGCUGUUAUUGGCAGUUCAAUUUGGUUCUGCUGGCAUGUUCAUUUUUGCGAUGCAUGCUAUUAAGAAGGGAAUGAGUCAUUACGUGUUCAUCGUCUAUCGUAAUGCCAUCGCUUCUGUAACUCUCGCUCCCUUCGCAUUUGUUCUAGAAAGGAAAGUUAGGCCCAAGAUGACUGUCCGGAUAUUUUCAGAGAUUAUGGCUCUCGCUUUCUUUGAAAUAAUUCUGAAUCAAUGCUUCGGUCUCUUGGGCAUGAAAUUCACGUCGGCAUCUUUCUUAUCUGCUGUCAUGAACUCCGCACCCUCUAUUACUUUUUUGUUGGCAGUUAUUCUAAGAUUGGAGCACAUGAAGAUUAAGGAGGUAACAUGUCAAGCGAAAGUGAUUGGGACAAUCGUAACUUUUGGAGGCACCUUGCUAAUGGCACUAUACAAAGGUUCCGUACUUAAUGUUAUGGGAUCUUCUAUAAGCCAUAAUGUGAACAACCCCACGCCUAUUGGUAACCACUGGAUCAUAGGGACAUGUUUCAUCCUUAUCGGUUGUGCAGGAUUUUCUGCGUUUUACAUAUUACAGGCCAUAAUAUUGAGAAAAUACCCAGCAGAGAUGUCCCUCGCCACUUGGGUUUGCUUUUUUGGUGCACUUCAAAGCUCUGCUGUUGCAAUCUUUGCAGAACGUCACCACCCUCAUGCAUGGUCUCUUGGUUGGGAUACAAGACUCAUUGCUCCUGCUUACGCGGGAAUAGUUUCAUCUGGAGUUCAGUAUUACAUACAAGGCAUGGUCGUAAAAUCAAUGGGCCCCGUUAUCGUAACUGCUUUUAAUCCCCUGCGUAUGAUCAUUGUUACCACCUUGGCCUGCAUUGUCCUAUCUGAGAAACUCUACCUCGGAAGUAUUAUUGGAGCAAUAGUGGUAAUUCUUGGACUCUAUCUAGUUGUGUGGGGAAAAUAUAGAGAAUGCCAAGGUAGGAUGCCACCGUCCCCUGCAGAGGUUAACUCUCCCCAAGACCAACAGCAGCUACCGAUCACAGUUCCUACUAAUGACACCAAUGAUAACAAGACUUAAUUAUUAUUGUUAUUGACAUCAAUAAUAAAGGCAGCAAAAUUAAGUAUGCCUCAGCUUUGAUGUACUAGACAACACAUUGGUGUAGCAUUUCGUACAUUUACUAACUACCUAAGUUCCAUGUCAUGCACAUGUUAUACCAUGCAAUUGGUGGGAUAAGUGGCAUGACGAUCGAUGGAAUUUAUCAUAUAAGCAGCGGUUACUAUGAGUUGUAUCAUUUUUGUUGAGUGAUCUGAUAUGCUUUCGAUUCACCAUACAUUAUAUACUAAGUUUCUGGCUG